CGUUUCGAAAUUUGACCUCAUAAGUUAAAGGUUAAUUGGGAUUUGUCAAAGUACUGUUUCGAAGCUGACAUCCCAUGUGCUUAAAGAAAUGGAAACGAAGUUGUGCCCACAGUUUAUACGGUUUACACCAGAUGAUUCCCUAACGUGUAAAGAGUGGUUUAUGCAGCAAUAUAAAAUUCCUGGAGAAUUUUUAGUUAUUGGGUGCGUUGAUGGUACUCACAUCGGCUUACAAAAACCCACAGUAAACGAGCACAUGUACUUCAAUAGAAAAGGCUAUCAUAGUAUCAACGCUAAGAUAUUGGCAUGCCCAUGGCAUGGAACAAAAAAAGUUAUUGCCGAAACCACUGUUUAUUUGGAAAGUCAAGAUGCUUAACUAGGCCUUUAUAUUAAAUGAAACACAAUUUUUUCUUACAUUAUCAUCAUGAAGCAAUUCUUGUGUUUCUUUGUUUAUUAAUUGUAUUACAUAAAUUUUACACUCGCACUCAUUUAUAUACCAUAUAUUGUAUGUUUAAAUGAAUACAAUUUAAAUACGAGUCAAUUAUUGACCGUUAUUCUGUCUCUAA